AUGUCGGUAGCAGGAACAUCGCUGUUGUGGGUUAACCAGCACACGGCGCAAGAGGCGGCGCCGCUCGAGCUGGCGUGCACUGGGUGCAAGGCUGCGCACCGGACGAUUCACACUUGCCGGCCCGCGCUAAACCCCGACGAGAUUGUGACGGCGAUCGUCUGCGACGGCUGCGACGGCGACUUCGAGCUGCCGCCGGGCGUGCCUGUUCCAGACGGCGAGUGGUAUUGCGCGGCGUGCUGUGUUGGCGAGCGGGAAGGGGCACCGAAACCGGUGCAGGCGGUGGCGGAGGGGCUUCAACUGCACUUGUCUAGCAGCAGCCGGACGGGCUACACGGGCGUGUCGAUCCAUCGCGCCUCUCGCCGCUUCCAUGCGUUUCGCAGAGAGGGUUGCAAGAGCGUCUACAUCGGCACCUACUGCACGGCAGUGGAGGCGGCGGUGGCCUACGCGAGGGCGGCCGAGCAGGCGGGGGCAGGAUUCGCCGAGCCGGCGGAGCUGCCGUCGUCGUCUGUGGAUUCGCCGAGGGCGGCCGAGCAG